UCAACCGUCAUUAAAACGUAGAAGAAGAAGCCCGUUCAGCAAACAUAUUAUGAUGAACUACCAGUGGAUUAUGUUGAUCAGAAAUAGAUUAUAAGUAUAGAAGAAAGUGGAAAUGACAGCUGUCGGUGUCCAUCGGCAGGAGGAAGUUGUUCAAAACCAAACAACUGAUGUUCAGCAGCUGAUGAAGGUUAAAGAAGAAGAGCUUCCUCAUCUGUGCAGCUCUGGUCUGAACCAGCAGAACCCAGAACUCCUCCACGUAAAGCAGGAAGAGGAGACACUCUGGAGCAGACAGGGACGGCAGCUUCCUUUAAAGAGUGAUGAUUAUGAGAAACCUCAGUUAUUCCAGGUUCAUCAGAUCAAAACUGAAGAUAACAGAGAGACAGAACCUCCAACCAGCAGCUCAGCUGAACACAUGAAGACAGAAACUGAUGGAGAGGACUGUGGAGGACCAGGUCCAGGAGGAUCCCGAGCCAAAUGGCAGUCAGGUGAUCUGCGGCUGUUGAAGGUUAAACAAGAAGAGGUUCCUCAUCUGUGCAGCUCCGGUCUGGACCAGCAGAACCCAGAACUCCUCAUCAUAAAGAAGGAAGAGGAGGAACUCCAGUGCAGCGCUGAAGGAGAGCUGCUUCCUGUGAAGAGUGAAGAUGAUGCAAACACUCAUUUACAGCCAAAUACUGAUGAAAAGGCUCCAGACUCUCCAGGGACUGAGGACAGCAACGAUUAUGUUCAGAAUAUCGAUGAUGAUGAUGGUUGGGACGAAAACAUGUCAGAUUCUAGAAAUGAAAAUGAAGACAGUGAUGAAGACUGGAAGGAAACCAGUACACCAAGACCUCGUGUAAAAAGCAACGUGGGAGAUAAAGUCACAAAGGAAGCCAUCAGCUGCCCUCAGUGUCAUAAACAGUUUGUUUACAAGCGAUCUCUUCAGAAACACCUGACCUCUCAUUCAGGUGAAAGCUCUUCCAGCUUGRCUGAGGAGAAACGGUCGAGAAAGAAGCAGACUGGAACCAGGUCUCACGAGAAACCAUUUGGGUGUGACAAGUGUGGCAAACGAUUCAGCAGUAAAUACACUCUUAAAAAUCAUAUGACAAUCCACACCCGAGAGAAAACAUUUACUUGUGAUGAUUGUGGGAAAAUAUUUCGAUCUCAUUUUCUUUUUCAGCUUCACAUGAAACCGUACUGGAAAGAAAUUACUUAGUCGGGAUGAUUGCUGUGCAAUAUUUAGAAAUCGAUGUAAAUAAUCUUAAACCUGUUUUUUGCUGCUUCUGCUUUAUAGAAUUAUUUCCCUGAGUGUAGAAAACUUUGCCUUUACUGCUUUUUAAUUUUUCGUGUUUUAAGAAUUAUUUCUACUCUUUGAUUUGGAAAAUGUUGACUGCGCGUGACUUUUGUUGUUAAUAAACAGCAUCAAUCAAGAA